UCGGGAAAUGUGUCACUUGUCAAAACAGCAAUACAAGAUGGCAGCGCCCAUGUAACAAAAUGUUUAAAUAUGUUUUGAAACGUUGGAAGCUUUAUAAAUACCGAUUUGUACCAUGGAUUGCCGCAAAUAUAACCGAAAACUCUCCAAGGCUUGUGCCAAAUGUGCUCGAAGACAAGAUCAUACCCGACAUCUCUGUGGAACAGACACUCCUUAGUCUAUUUACCAAAUUUGAGUAUACAAGUGAUUUGAGUUUAGUUGACCAGCAUAGAAAGAACAGCAACAUUUUGCUGAAUGAAGUUGGUUUCAGUAUUGGUAGACAGGCCAGUACGCUGAAGGAUGGUGGAAGAGGUGUAUUUGUCACACAGGGCUUAGUACCAGAACAGACUCUGGUAGCCAUAUACCCUGGCCUGGUAUAUCAGCCAUGGGAACCAGUGUUUUGGGUCAGUUUGGCCAACCCCUUCCUGUUCAGAUGUGCUGAUGGGGUACAUAUUGAUGGCAAGGAUACAGGGCUGUCCAAAUUUAUGUACAAAUCGUGUUCAGGAAGGGACAGUGUGUGUGGUCAGCUGAUGUGUGACACAUCUUGGCUCACUGAGCUACCAGUCAACCCUCUGGCUGUAGGACAAUAUGUGAACAACCAAUCACCUGAGUGCCCUGCCAAUGUGGCCUAUCAGGAGUUUGAUGUUCCCCUGAGCUUUCCGGCCCAUCUCCGCAAGUAUCUGCCCAAUACACAGGCUGGUCUGCACAUCGAAGGGGUCAACAGGGACUCAGAAAUACCCAGGCUGCUUAGACUGGUGGUGUUGGUGUCAUUAAGAGAGAUAGUCAAGGGAGAGGAGUUGUUCUCUACAUACUACACCAUUGUGCAGAAACCUUAGCAGACUUAGCCAUGGCUAAAAUGCAGACUUUAACUGCGGAGAAUCUUGCGAAUCACUAUAGCGACCACACCGGAAGUAAGCGACCGUCCCUGUUCCCGAAGGAAGGAAGCGACGGCCCUAUCACUACCAACCCAAGUUUGCGCCGGAU